AUGGCAAGGCAGCUACAGCUGCAACCUAAAACUGUAGAAGUUGAAGGAGAUGUACUUGAUCCACAAGAUGAAAGGGGGCAUGUUCUGGACGAAGAAGCCUCCGGCGAGCAUGAAGAUGGAGCAGAGCAAGUACAUCAAACCAGCUCUGAAGAAACAUGGAAGAUCUAUGUGGAUGGGUCUGCUAAUCAUCAUGGAAGCGGGGUCGGGGUCUUGGUAAUAUCUCCUCAAGGAGAUAUACUCCAAUUGGCGGUUCGAUUGAAUUUUCGAGCCACGAAUAAUGAAGCAGAGUACGAGGCUUUGUUGGUCGGACUGCAACCAGCCAGGCAUGUAGGGGCCGCCCGGAUAAUCAUUUAUUCGGAUUCCCAGUUAGCGACUCAGCAAGUUACCGGCAACUUUGUGAUAAAUUGUGAUAAAUUGCAAAUGUAUCGGGAAGCUUAUGAGAAGAUGAAGGCAGAAUUUACAGAGGUCACUGUAACCAAGAUACCCAGGUCGGAGAAUGAGCGGGCAGACGAGUUAGCAAAGAUGGACAGUUCCUUAACUACUUGGGUGCUGGAUCGGUCAACGACACAAACUUUUCUGAUAACCCAGAUAGAUCUGCAAAAUAAUGCAGAAGCAACUAUUAAUUGGAGGGCACCCAUGAUCAAUUAUCUCAGGCAGGGUAUCUUACCAACUGAUCCAGAGGAGUCACAGCUGAUUCGGAAGCAAGCGCAUGCUUAUGUAAUGAUUGGAGAUCAGCUCUACAAGAGGUCCUUCUCUCGACCUUUACUUAAAUGCUUGGGAGUAGAGGAAGCAGACCAGGCCUUGCGAGAAAUACACCUGGGAUGUUGUGGCAAUCAUGUAGGCGGUCGGACAUUAUCUUACAAGGUGCUCCUAGCCAGAUAUUUCUGGCCUACUUUACAGAGGGAUGCUCACAAGUUGGUGAACAUAUGCUUGUCUUACCAGAAACAUCAAAACUUGACACAUCGACCUACGACCCUGUUGAGAACGUCUAUAAUUUCCUGUCCUUUUGAUCAAUGGGGCAUGGAUAUCGUGGGAUCAUUUCCGAUGGCGCCAGGUCAGAGGCGUUUCUUAUUAGUGGCAGUGGACUAUUUUUCUAAAUGGGUAGAAGCAGAAGCCUUGGCUCGAAUCACAGAAGAUGCCGUCAUUCAAUUCCUAUGGAAGAACAUUCUUUACAGAUUUGGUAUUUCUCACAAGUUGGUGUCUGACAAUGGAAGACAAUUUUAA